GUAGCUCUAUGGCUUCGUCAGCACUUCUCUUCUACCUUUCGUCUCCUUCUUCUCUCUUUCAGAGUUCACACUCAAACCAUUCAAAGUUUCAGUCUUCUCUGUUGGAUUUCAAAUAAUAAUAAGAAGAAGAAGAUAGAAGGGAAGAGUUGCGUGAGAUGAGGCUAUAUGUGUAUGUGUUGGAAGCCAGGGAUUUGCAGGUGAUGGAUUCAAAGGGGAAUCUUUAUGCGAAGCUCCAGAUUGGGAAGUAUAAGUCCAAGACCAGGAUUGUUAGCAAAACUCUGAACCCAGUUUGGAAUGAAGAAUUUGUUUUCAGGGUUCAUGACAUGGAAGAGGAGCUCAUCGUCUCCAUCUUUAACCAACGUAAUGACCACGGCUUUUUCCAUGCCUCUUCGGAUUUACUGAGUCGAGUUCGGCUUCCUGUCUGGUCGGUCUUCGGUGAGGACAAGCAGACAAUGCCUCCAACUUGGUUUUCCCUGGAAAAUCCCAAGACCGGGAAAUCCACAACCAAAGACUCUGGGAAGAUUCUUCUCACUUUAUCAUUGCAUGGCGAAAACACAAUCGAAUCCGCAUGCCCAGUUGAACAAUCUCAGGAUAUUGUGAACUCUGCAUCUCCAUUCAAGAAGAUCCCAGAAGGAAAACAUUUGGUGAAGGCUAUUCCAAAUCGAUUGGAAAGGAUUUUUAAUAAGAAUGAGGAAGGUCCCACAAGUGAGUCAAGGAGUGAAGUUUCCUCAAUUUCUGAUUAUGAGGAUUGCAUGGAUGAACCUUUCACUGGUUGCAGCUUUGAGGAAGCUAUUGAAUUAAUGCAGUCCAGAGAUGAGGAACAAGAAGUGCCAGACAACCUGGAGGGGGGGAUCCUUCUUGACUGUUCCUAUGUGGUAUCACCAACAAAUUUGAACACACUACUCUUUGCGCCCAAUUCCCAGUUCCAGAGAGAUCUUGCAGAGCUGCAGGGAACUAGAGACUUACAAGAGGGAUGUUGGACAUGGAAAUCAGUAAAUAUUUCAUGUUUAACUAGAACUGUUACCUACACAAAAGCGGCCACAAAAUUAGUCAAGGCUGUGAAGGCCAUUGAAGAACAAACAUAUCUUAAAGCAGAUGGAAGGGAAUUUGCAGUGCUAACAAAUGUGAGCACACCAGAUGUUCCAUAUGGAAACUGUUUCAAGAUAGAGUUACUUUACAGGAUAAUGCCUGGGCCAGAGUUAUCUUCUGGAGAAGGGUGCACUCGUCUUGUUGUGUCUUGGAGUAUUAACUUCCUUCAGAGUACAAUGAUGAGAGGUAUGAUUGAAGGAGGAGCUCGACAAGGGUUGAAGGAGAGUUCUGAACAGUUCGCAGACUUGCUAGCUCAGAAUCUAAAAGUGGUUGAUUCAGCAGAACUCUUAGGAAAAGAAAAUAUGCUGGCAACACUACAAAUGGAUCACAAGUUGGACUUGGAGUUGGCAAUCGAGUACUUUUGUAAUUUCACAGUAGUUUCAACGAUUUUCAUGGUUUGUUACACCCUAUUACAUAUUCUGCUCUCUGGGCCCAGGAAACUCCAGGGGUUGGAGUUUAAUGGUCUAGAUUUGCCCGACACUUUUGGAGAAUUGAUCACCAGUGGCAUAGUAGUGCUUCAAGUUGAGCAUGUUUUCAAUAUGAUUUCUCGUUUUUUUCAGGCUAGACUGCAGAGAGGAAGUGACCAUGGUGUCAAAGGCCAAGGUGAUGGAUGGGUGCUUACAGUAGCUUUGAUUGAAGGAAAUAACCUUGUGUCUGUUGAUUCAACUAGUCUUUCAGAUCCGUAUGUUGUUUUCACCUGUAAUGGUAAGAGUAGAACAAGCUCUGUCAAGCUUCAAACUUGUGAUCCUCAAUGGCAUGAGAUACUGGAAUUUGAUGCUAUGGAGGAGCCUCCAUCAGUGUUGGAUGUGGAAGUUUUUGAUUUUGAUGGCCCGUUUGACCCUUCUGCUUCACUUGGUCAUGCUGAGAUCAAUUUUCUAAGACACACAUCUGCAGAACUGGCAGACAUGUGGGUCUCCCUUGACGGCAAAUUGGCACAGGCAUCUCAGUCCAAGUUGCAUGUGAGAAUUUUUUUAGAAAAUAACAAGGGAGUUGAAACCAUUAAAGAUUACUUAACAAAGAUGGAGAAAGAAGUUGGAAAGAAGUUGGACCUUCGGUCACCUUACAGGAAUUCAAUGUUUCGAAAGCUCUUUGGGUUGCCCCCAGAAGAAUUCCUUAUCGAUGACUUCUCAUGCUACUUGAAGAGAAAGAUGCCUUUGCAGGGUCGGCUCUUUAUUUCUGUGAGAAUAGUUGGAUUCUAUGCGAACUUGUUUGGACAUAAAACUAAGUUCUUUUUCCUCUGGGAGGACAUUGAAGAUAUUCAAGUGUUUCCACCAUCCCUUGCGUCUGUGGGUAGCCCAUCUUUUGUCAUAGUCCUGCGUAAAGGCACAGGUUUAGAUGCUAGUCAUGGUGCAAAAUCUCAAGAUGAGGAAGGCAGGCUUAGAUUCCACUUUCACUUUCAAUCAUUUGGCUCAUUCAGUGUAGCAAGCAGGACAAUCAUAGCCUUAUGGAGGUCUAGAACCAUGACCACAGAGCAGACAGGGCAAAGAGAAGAAGACUUGGAAGAUCAAGAUGGGGGAUCUAUUCUGGUUGAAGAUGACGGGAGAUUUUCUGAUUUUGAAGGCGCAACCAUGUCGAAGGUUUACUCGGCAGAAUACCCUUUCAAUAUAAAAUCAUUGAUGGCCCUAUUUGAUGGAGAUACUUUUGAACAUAGCAUAAUGGGAAAAUCUGGUUGUCUGAACUAUGCAACAACAUCAUGGGAAGCUUUAAAACCUGAUAUCUUUGAAAGACACAUCUCUUACAAGUUCAACCGCCAUGUUUCAAUCUUUGGAGGGGAAGUUACUAGCACACAGCAAAAGUUUCCCAAUGCAGAUGGUAACGGGUGGAUGGUGGAUGAGGUUAUGACUCUCCACAAGGUUCCAUUUGGCGAUCGAUUCAAUGUCCAUUUGAGAUAUCAGAUUGAGACCCAUGUUCUUGGUUCUGAUUCAUGCCAUUGUGAUGUUUACAUGGGGAUAGCAUGGCUGAAAGGAACCAAGUUCCGGCAGAGGAUUGGCAGAAACAUAACAGAGAACUUUACCCGCCGUUUGAAGGAAAUCUUUCAACUGCUAGAAAGAGAGAUCCUUUUGGCAAAUGCUCGGAAUAGUUUAGCCAAUCUUUGAACUGGUAGAAAGAGAUACCCUUUUGGUGUAACCCUCCUCAAGACCUGAGAAUUUUGGAGCUCAGGACCUUUCAAGUGCAGGGUGAUCCGAAGAUUGAACAUGGAAUUCUGUACUCAAGCCACCAAAUUGAAUUAUAUUUUGGAGAUUUGUAUGUGAUUAUAAAGAUGGAAAUUAUGUAUAUUAGUUGGGCCUUAAUUUGAAAUUUGAAUUUGCACCAGAUGGCUUGUGCAUUCCA